AUGUACCAGCAACCUGGACAGGCUUCCAUUCCUGGAAUGGUCGCACAGCCACCGCCACAACAGCCUGUCGCUCAGACAACUGCUCCCGGAGCAGUUCCUGGCGCAGUCCCUGGAGCUGUACCCGGUGCUGUUCCAGGAGCACAGACCCAGCCCCAAGCUGGAGUUCACGGUCAACAGCCGCCUAAUAAGCUCUCGUUCUUCAACAAGGCUCCAGUGGACCCCGCCGAGCGUUUCCGCGGCGAAGGCCAGAAAUUCCGAGCUAAGCUGAUCGGCAUCGACCAAGUGCCCAACUCGCGUGGCGACAAAAUGUGCCAGGAGGUCAUUCUGAAGCAGAAGUCAAUUGUCACAGCCUCGGGCCUACACAAGCAGAGAGUCGUCGUUCAAGUCACUCUUGAAGGAAUCACCAUCAUCGACGUAGACUCAAACCAAACGCAGUUCAUUCAUCCCGUCGAGAAAAUCUCCUUCAUCUCUCGCGACACCACCGACAGACGGGCGUUUGGAUACAUUGUGGAAGGGGAAGAAAAGCAGUUUCACUUUUUUGGAAUCAAAACUGGCAACGCAGCUGAGGGACUCGUGUUGGCUCUUAGAGAUCUUUUCCAAGUCGUGUACGAUAUCAAACAGAAAGAGAAAGCUGGUGGAGGAGCCAGUGCUCAGGCAGCAUCUGCGAACUUGCAAAAUCUUGAACAGGGCAUUUCUGAGCUGACUGUAGUUGCGAACAACGCUUCAGGCGCCCCUACCUACCACUACUCCACAUCCGACCUGACCUCAAUCGCAUCCGACCUAUCUUUCACCGGAUCAAUGACGUCUCUCCGACGAAAAUCGAAAUUCAACAAACUCAAAUCACGAGUGUCCGGAAGUUUCAACUCGAAGUUAAAAAAACUUCUGCCAUCGUCGGAAAAACUAAGCCAAAGGGGGAGCAUGGAGAGGCUUAGCCCGCUUUUCUUUGAUGGAAUCUGCAAAGAAGCUCUUGAAUUGGAGAGUUGCGACGAGACGGAUGAAGAUAUUUGUAACCGUCUAGCAUUCGAGUUCAACGCAGAGCACGUUCGUAGUGGAAAAGUGCAAGAAAGACCAGUUGAUGUCGGACGGCGCAGAACUGACUCAAUGUCAAGGAAACGUCUUGGGCACGUCUUUAAAGAAGAAGAUGAAGCUGUAGAUCCUUGGUCACCGGCGAAAAUCAAGAGUGAUGAAGACAAGGAAGAAUCUGAAGCACUCGAAAAUAUCGAAAGUUUUCCCGUUGAUUGGACGAGUUUCGCUACAUCGUCAAUCAGAGAAUCUAUUGACCAGGAUAUCAAUUCUUCUUUUGAUACCCUUAGAGCGGAAGAUUCAUCUGCUCUGACGAACGAUUUAGAUUCAACCGACGUGCCAGAAUCUUUAUUCGGAUCUGUCAGCUCGACACCCACUGAUGUAACAUCCAUGUGGGGUGAUUUUCCUCAAGACGCGCAAGAAGCCUUUGCCGAUGCUCAGGAAGAUGUAGAUCGCAAAAAUUAUUUCCUCGAUAGAAUAAUUGAAGAAACGAUGGUAAAGGUGACUCACGAAAUUAACGAAAAUGGAAUCCAUCAUACGUAUCAGCAUCAUGCUACCUGGGAAAAUAUUAUCUCCUUGCCAAAUUAUGCCGAUGACGAUGGCGCGUCCGAAUCAGGAUCAUCGUAUUCGGGCAGUAGCAGCCGGUCUGACUGGUCGUCAAACAGGGAACGAGUUCGUAUUCUGAACUCGAUCGUGAAUUCAGCCCCAAAUGCUUUGAUGCUUUUCUCGAACGUGACAACGUCUUCAUCCAAGGAAGCCACUGAUUCCACUGGAUCUGCAGAGAUUCAAGCUGCAGACUCUGUUAUAAUUCCUUCCACGAACAAAUCUCCGUCCUCGUCACGAUGUGCGAAUUCCAAAGAAGAUAUUUCUGUGACUAAGGAGCCCCGAGACUCCUUUGUGCAUAGAAGGGAAAAUUCUAAUGUUUCAUCUGCUUCUGGAAAAAGCAGCAUUCAAUCAGAAAUGGACCGUCUAUCACAAACAGAACGCAACAACCUCAUAGCCGAACAAAUCAAUGAAAACCAAGACCUACCUCCAGUUCCCUCCACCCCCAUUUUCGAACGAUUGACUAUUUCUUCAUCCUUGCGAUCAGGAAGCACUUUCCGAUCUCAGCACCUGGUGCGGAGAAAUUGCCCACCACCCAUUCCACCCAGACUUUCCGAGCGGCGGAAAAAGGCCGUACCAGACACCCCAACCACUGAGUCGGCUCCUUCAGGAAACGGCCUAGACGAUCUUGCUGGCGCUUUCGACACCGCGGCUCAGUCGCCAGCCGAAAUCUCAACAGAAAAUAAGAUGGCUAGCAUCAUGGGUGCGUUCGGUAGUGCUCCACCUGCCCAGCCGAAUCCUACCAUGGGAGGAAUGGGAGGUAUGCCUGCUCAGCAAAACGCUUUUGGAGCAAUGGGUGGUAUGCAAGGAAUGGGCCAGCCUGCCAUGUCUCAGCCUACAAUGUCUAUGCCUUCUAUGCCCCAGCCUUCAUUGUCACAGCCUGCAAUGUCCCAGCCAGCGAUGUCUAUGCCCACCAUGUCUCAGCAGCCCAUGGCCAUGCCAGCCAUGUCUCAGCCUCAAGUGGCUCCAAUGUCUACAAAUACGGGAUUCGGAUCAAGCACUGGUGGCAUGAUGGCUUCGUCAGCGAUGAUGCAACCACAGCCUACCAAUACAAGCCAGUCCACGAUGUCCCCUUCAGGCGGAACUAGUGUUGGAAAAGCCAUGAACGAUCCCUUCGCGGACCUCGGCGGACUAACCGGGCUCAAGCCAAAAGCUGCGCCGGCGCCAACGCCAACUAUGGGACAAAUGGCCGCCAGUGCAAACCCUCCACCACCGCAGCAGCAGUCUUUUGAUUCUUUAUUCGGAUAA